AUGCUGGAGGGCAGCAGUACUUUGGCUGACUUUUCAGAAAAUAUGAUGUGCGACAGCUCCCAAAGCGCAGACUACAGCUCCAACGAUUCGGAGCCAUCAGAUUCACUCCUGCGACUAGGUGCAAGCCAGAUGCUGCCAGAGAUGGCCCAGGGUGCAAUCCAGGAAGGCACCGUCUCUCUUCAAGGAGCAGACCCCAGGCAGGCUUCCUGGCACCAGGACGACAGAGGCGAAGUACUCGCCAUUCGACACGCCAUGCGUUCCCAUGCGCUGGUGAACGCUGGCAACAAUGUCUGGACUCCCCUUUUCACGGCCAACCAGCAGGGUGACGCGCUUGAAGGUUCAGAGUCGUCCUUCCAGACCUUCUAG